UCUCUGAUUUUCUGCAUGCAAAUAUCGCCCGUCACUAACGAAAACGUAAAUGCGAAAGGCAGUGAAAAAUUUAAACGAAACAACACAAAUUCUUGUAAAUUCAAUGGAGUAUUAAAUUUUAAAGGUCAUUUCAUGUAAACUAAACAAAUCCAAAUAACCCUAGCACAUUUUGCAUUAAUAAAAUCAAGUCGUUUACGUUCCCAAUUUACGUGCGUGCAUUAGUGCGUGGUAAUUGCGUAUUAAACAACAACAGCAACAGCAGCUCGAAAACAAACUGCUAACGCUGGCAAAAAACUGAAGCCCAAAAGUGAAACUAAAAACGAAAAAAAUAAACAUUUUUGUGUGGUCGACGAUUAGUUCUUACAUGGGUUUAACAGAUCAAGAUUGGAUUGGUAGUGCGGUCAGCCUGACCUGCGACGACGAGCUGGGCGUGUUUCAGGGCCUGAUUAAGAAGAUUUCAGCCGACGAGAUAACAAUUGUGCGCGCCUUUCGCAACGGUGUCCCCUUGCGCAAACAGAACGCGGAGGUUGUGCUGCGCUGUGCCGAUAUCAAGAGCAUCAAUCUAAUCGAGCCUGUGAAGGACGCCGAGACGACGACGCCGACGGUGAUCAACAAGCCGACGCCUGUGAAGUUGCCGCAUUUCUCCAACAUUCUUGGCAAGCAGCAGCAGCUGCAGCAUCAACAACAACAGCAGCUGUAUCUGGAGCGCGAACAGGAGCUGCCUGCGACGCCCAGAGCCAAGGCGAAUGGACAUGGCAACUUGGGCAGAAACGGAGCAACUGCAGCUGGCAGCAAAUCGGCGCUAAGCGAUAAAAUGCAGCAACUGAUGCUCAUCACGAAUACGAAUGGCGCUAAUGGAGUGCGCAGAACACCGCAGAGCUCACGUGCAUCCAGUGCACAGCAGCCGAUGGCGACGACGCCUAACAGCGUGGCCGCCUUUUUUGGCAACAUGAUUCCGGCCAAGGUGGAGGUAAAGCUGGGCAGCACGGUCUACAAUGCAGCAGCAGGCAGCGGCGGCAACAACUUGGAGAGCUACUGCAGCAGCAGCGCCGAUGGCAGCUGCGGCAGCGCCGAAGUACCUGGCGGCAGCAGACCCAUUGACAUCGUAAGCAAAAGCAAUGGCAACACCAAUGGUGGUUUCUAUGCCCAGGCGGCAGCCAGCCUCGGCAAUGGCAAUGGCAAGCGCAAUGGCAACGGCGGCAGCUUCAACUCGAACUCUUUUAAUGCGAAUAGCAAUGGCAACGGACAUGCAAAUGGCAAUGGGAAUGGAAAUGGCAACGGCAAGAACAAGGGGCGUAAUCGGGUGCGCCGCGAGAGCAGCAUGCGGCAGCAGCAGCAGCAAACGUUUGGCAGCGAGGCCGAUGAUCCGCUGCUGAACGAGGAGUUUGACUUUGAGGGCAACCUGGCGCUGUUUGACAAACAGGCCAUCUGGGAUGAUAUCGAGUCGACGCACCAAAAGCCGGACGUUGUGCGCCAUGCGGUCCAUGUGCAGAAGCAGCAGCAGCAGGAGAAAAAGUAUCGUCACGAUGAGAACAUUUUGGCCAGCAAGCCGUUGCAGUUGCGCCAGAUCGAGAGCAUUUUUGAUGGCAGCCAGGAUUUUGUAACGGACGAUGGCCUUAUUAUACCCACCAUUCCGGCAUAUGUGCGCAACCGGAUCGAGAUGAGCGCCGAAAAGGCGGGCUUGUCGCUGCAGCGACAAAUUGAUAUGUUGGCGCGGGGUGCCAGCGAUUUGGCCAUAACACUGCUGGGCGGCGCAAGACGCUUGACGCCAGCGAAUAAUCAUCAGUGGCCAAAAAUAGUCAUCAUAUGCGAUGGCGUUAACACCAUGAGAACAAUAAACAUUGGCGCCACUACAGGUCGCCUUUUGGCCUCGCAUGGCCUGACCGUGCUGCUCUACGUGGAGCAGGUGCAGCUCAUUGAAAAGAACAGCAGCUUGGAUGUGGCCCUCUUCAAGGCUACCGAUAAUACCAUAGUACAUUCGGUGGACGCUAUGCCCACGCCUGAUCUUGUGAUAGUAUCGACAAAUACCGUUAAUCUAUCGGAUGCAAUUAAGCAAUGGUUGAGCGUCAAUCGCGCAUCGGUGCUGGCCGUGGACCCGCCACCGUGUGGCAUUAAGGAGGUUGCUAUCAAGUACUCAAUAUUACCCAUUCUACCAUUGAUCCAAGAUCCAAGCACUUCGGCUGCUGCUGCUGCAGCAACAGCCAAAACAUCAACGAAUAAUUGUGGCAAACUGUAUUUAUGUAAUUUAGGUAUACCAGAUAAAUUUUAUCGUGAUUGUGGCAUUAAGUACAAAAGUCCCUAUGGACAUAAAUAUGUGAUACCGAUUCACUCAAAGGACUGAAACAACGACAACAACAGCACACACACACAAACAAAACAAACAAAACAAACAACAACAACAAUAAAAACAAUCUUCAGCAUCAGACAGCAAUAAACCAAUCAUAAUCAGCAACAAAAAACACUCAAACACACACACACACACAUGUGAUGAUCAUCAAAGUCCUGUUUCCUGUGAAUCUAGCUAGCUCUUAGAAGUCUCUCAUAUAUAACUCACAUUAUACAUUUAAUAUUAAGUUUAAGCACAUAGUUUAUUCCUAAAUUCGAUUAUUGAUCCUCCAUUAAGAGCUGCCCUAGCCUAGUGCCGAACUACAUUCAUAAUUCUAUAUUUAUAUUUUUUUGAUGUUGUACAAACCCUUAAAGCUAGUCCAGCAUAAUUCAUUUUGUCUUGGCGUUCGCUUAAGGUUGUCAAAUUGUUUUUAGAGCCACAUUCUUGCAUAUUUGAUGCUCUCCCACCCGCAACUACCCUAUAAACGAGACUAUAGCUUUACAAAUAUUUUAUAUGCACUGGACAAAAAGAACCCUACCCAAAAAAAAAACAAAACAAAAAAACAAAUAAAAGAAAAAGAACCUUAACUGGUCUUCGGAGCAACUUUCAAAUAUGCAUUCAACAAAUGAUUGUAAAUAAUUGUAUAUUUGCAUAAUUGUUUGUAUAUGUAUAUGGAGAAAACUCAAUUGAAUUAAUUUUGUGAGAUUGAGCGAAGUAUACGCAAUACAUGCCAAAUUAAAUGUCUACUUUUUAAGCAUAAAAUCAACAACUAUUAUAUGGUAAUUUCAUAAACAAUACAAAUACAACAAUUACAAAUCAGAGAUCAAUAAGUUAGUUUCGUAAGCUUAAGGUGUUUAACAACAAGAAAUCAACAACAACAACAACUUUAACCUGUAUUUAGAGAUAAUUUUUAAGCAAAUUGUAAGCUGUAAAAUCGAAAAACCCUAUUUUGUACUCCCAUCGAAUACUGAAAAAAAUCCCAGAAUACUUCUAAAUGUAUCGCGAUGAGUUUUAUAAAACCAAAUCUGAAUAAGUACUAUAUCAAAAUCCAAUCAAAUAGCGAAAAUGUUAGCCGUUGCAAACUCAAUAUCGCAACAAAAAACCUUAACUAAUUGUUGUAAAAAUAUUAUAAUGUAGAUUCUAAAUUUCAAUUGUUGAUGAUCAGCCUGCGAAUUUGUUUCGUACUUUAAACAAAACAAAUCGGAAGAGAUAAGAAAAACUUGUAACAAACGGUUUAAUGCGCUUUUCUCAAGCGGAAAAGCCUCUUUGACUGUUUUGGAGUUAGGAGUAGGAAAGUUGACCGGACGCUGAAGUGAUGUUAGAUGGAUCAGAGGUUGAGAAGGUUAUUUUCAACAACAAUAAUAAACAAUAUCACACACACACACACACAUGCAUGCACACACGAACACACACACACACACAUGCAUGCACACACGAACACACACACACACACAUAACAAGAACCACAGACUUUGAUAAAUGCUUUAAAAAUUGUAAAUUUAAAAAACUAUUUUCGGUCCAAUUGUAUAAAACAUAAUUUUAAUACGCCAAAAAAAAAAGAAACGAAAAUUUGCCGACAAAUCAAAAAAACAUAUAAACACAAGUUAACUAAAAGAACAAAAGAAAAACAACAAAAAUCCUUUACAACAACAAUAUUAAAGAAACAAAAACACCGAAAAAGCCUUCUCAUGGAAAACAGAAA